AUGCCUGCUGAGCAGCGGCUGCUCAGGGAAGAGGUGGCAGAGCUCACAGAGAAGGUGGCUCAGCUGCGAGCCCUGAACGCCCGCCUGCAGAAGGCUCUCGCAUCCAAAGUUUUUGCCAGCGUUGACACGCUGGUGCCAUUGGCUCAGGAGGACAGCAUCGACUUUGUUAUUGGGUCGUCAAGGGAUGAUGGAAAGGUCUACGCCGGGUCUGGCUACUGGGUCAGCAAGGAUGCUUGGGGGACAUUGUUCCGGGCCACCUCCGAUUCUAUGUUCUGCCGUCUGGCAUCCACAAUGUUUUGGACGCCAGACGAGCUGAAGAAUCGCAGUGUCACUGGAACUUUAUCCAACAAGUCCAAAUCCAAAGGGAUGACCGAGGCCAAACAAGCCCUGACGCCCCAGAAACUGUUGUCUCUAAAAGGCCUCUUCAGAGUCUACAUGGGGUCUGGAGUGACCGAGGACGAAGAAAAGAAACGGAUGAAGGACGUGCGGCGGCACCUGUCCCAGAAACUGGCUGAUUGCCAGAGGAAAUAG